AUGUCUCCGCCUCCGCGUCUCUUCCGCCACCAACUCCUCGUUGUACUCCUCCUCGCGCUCGUCGUCCUCCUCUUCCUCCCCUUCCUCCGAGCGAUUCACAUGGCGCCCGCGGCCGUUCCGGAGGGUGGCGUCGAGGAGGGCGGGGCGCAGGAGGCGCUGCUCGUGCUGCUGCAGCGGGUGCAGUCGGAGGCGCUGCGGGCGCUGGGGCCGCGGGACUUCGACCCCAAGCUCUACGUCGACCUGCCGCUCGCCGCCGACGCGGGCGCCGCGGCGGUCGCGCUGGCGUCGCUGCCGCGGCCGGCGCCGUCGAGGGGCGAGAUGGAGGCCUACAUCUCGCGGUACUUCGCGCCGGCCGGGUCCGACCUCGUCGCGGCCGACCCGCCGGACUUCGACCGGGAGCCGCGCGGGUUCCUGCCCAGGGUGGAGAGCGCCGAGGCGCGGGCCUGGGCGCUGGAGGUGCACGCGCUGUGGAAGGACCUGACGCGGCGGGUGGCGCCGGCCGCCGCGGCGCGCCCGGAGCGGCACACGCUGCUGCCGCUCCCCGGCAGGGCGGUCGUGCCGGGCUCCAGGUUCCGGGAGGUCUACUACUGGGAUUCCUACUGGGUCGUCAGAGGUUUACUGGUGAGCAAAAUGUAUGAGACGGCAAAGGAUAUCGCACUUAAUCUCGUAUAUCUUGUUGAGAAAUACGGUUUUGUCCUGAACGGGGCAAGAUCGUACUACACUAACCGAAGCCAGCCACCACUUUUAAGUUCCAUGAUUUUAGACAUAUACAUGGCAACUGGUGAUAUGGUUUUUGUAAAGAGGGCAUUUCCUUCCCUGCUGAAAGAGCAUAGUUUCUGGAUGUCAGGUGUUCACAAUGUGGCAAUAAUGGACAAUCAUGGACGGUUACAUAAUUUAAGUCGCUACCAGGCUAUGUGGAACAAACCUAGGCCAGAAAGUGCAACAAUUGAUGAGGAACUUGCUUCAAAGCUUACUUCUACAGCUGCUAAAGAAAAUUUCUACCACCAAGUUGCUUCUACAGCUGAAUCAGGAUGGGAUUUCAGCUCUCGAUGGAUGAGGAAUUCUUCUGACAUGACAACAUUGACAACGUCUUACAUUAUACCUGUGGACUUGAACACAUUCAUAUUGAAGAUGGAACAGGACAUAACUUUCUUUGCUAAACUCAUUGGAGAGAGCACAAUAUCAGAAAGAUUUUCGGAGGCUUCUAAAGCACGCCAUAAUGCAAUUGAAUCUGUUCUGUGGAACUCUGACAUGGAGCAAUGGCUUGACUACUGGCUUCCUAUUGAUGGAAACUGCCAGGGAGUCUACCAAUGGAAAUCUAACUCACAGAACCGCAUCAUCUUUGCUUCUAAUUUUGUACCUUUGUGGUUAAAUGCACAACAUUCAGGCUUGGAGCGACUUGUCGAUGAGGCAAAAUCAGUGAAAGUCAUGAAUAGCCUCAAGGCAUCAGGAUUGGUGCAGCCUGCAGGAAUCGCAACUUCCUUAUCAAACACAGGGCAGCAAUGGGAUUUUCCAAAUGGAUGGGCACCAUUGCAGCAUCUGAUAGUUGAGGGAUUGUUAAGGUCUGGUUCAGAAGAGGCAAGGAAAUUUGCUGAGGACAUUGCUACGAGGUGGGUGAGAACCAACUACGAUGCCUACAAGGCUACUGGCGCUAUGCAUGAGAAGUACGAUGUGGAGGCCUGUGGGAAAUCCGGAGGUGGCGGUGAAUAUAAACCACAGACUGGUUUUGGUUGGUCGAAUGGUGUGAUACUGUCAUUCUUGGAAGAAUUUGGAUGGCCUCAGGACAAGGAAAUGUGCUGCUCAUCAUGAUGACACCAUGAAUGUUAAAUCCAACUUGGUAGACGAAGGUGUUUUUGUGUGCAACUGUACAUAGACGGAUGUGCAUUACUCGCGAAGUUUAAGAGGCAUUCUGCAACUCUGCGAGCUUUUGUCUGCACGCGAUCUGCAUCAUUCAGCCCUUCGCCCCCAAUAACCCAAUUGUGUGUGUAUACUCUGUAGCUUGCCCUUUGCUGUGUCAAAAUUCGAAGCAAGAAGAAUGCUCAUGUAUCUGAUACGUUGUAUAUUUUUUGUAUCUGAAUUCUGGAGAGAAAAUUCAGUUCUGAAACAGCCAAGUAAUACAUGGUCUCAUGGUUCCUUUUGCAAAAGUGCCGUUGUC